AUGUCGUCCACGUGCGCCCGUUGCGGCGGCCCAGCCCAGCUGCGCUGCGCCGCCUGCUCGGUGCCCUACUACUGCACCCGACAGCGCCCUGGCGUCGGUCGCUUCACGGUGGCAGCGCGCAACCUCGCUGCCGGCCAGCUGCUGCUGAACGAGGCGCCUCUGGCCUCGGGUCCGCAGCUCGAGGCGGAGCCGCAGUGCCUCAGCUGCGGCCGGCUGCUGGAGGCGCGCGCCGCCGCCUGCGCGCGCUGCCGCUGGCCAAUGUGCGGCGAGAGCUGCGCCGCCAGCGCCGCGCACGCCGCCGAGUGCGCUGUGCUGGCGCGCGACGCCGGCGACCGACCGAAAGCCGGAUCGAAGCCGUCGGCGCGCUACGACUGCAUCCUGCCGCUGCGGCUGCUGCUCCUGCGCGACCAGCCGCGCAUCUGGGAUAAGCUGACGCGGCUAGAGACGCAUGUGGAGCAGCGGCGCGACACUGCGAUCUACCGCGACAACCAGUGCCACGUGGUGGACUACCUGCGCCAGCGGUGCGCCGUCGACGCCGACGAGGAGCUGCUGCACAGGCUCUGCGGCGUGCUCGACGUCAAUGCCUUUUCGCUGCGGCCGAAGCCUGGCUUCGGACGGCGCCGCGGCCUGUUCGCACGCACCUCGCUGCUAAACCACUCAUGCGUCUCCAACACACAGCUGAGCCUGGACGGCGAGGUGAUGCAGGUGCGCGCUUCAUUGCCGAUCCUGAGCGGCAACGAGGUCACGGCCGCCUACAUCAGCGCAUACGACCCGACCGCACGCCGCCAUGACUUCCUCCGGAACGGCAAGUACUUCCAGUGCGGGUGCGAGCGCUGCCGCGACCCCAGCGAGCUGGAGACCCACUUCGGCAGCCACCGCUGCGGCAGCUGCCGCGAGCUGGUGAUGUCCACGGACCCGCUGUCGCCGGACGCCGUCUGGCGCUGCUCCGGCUGCGGCCGCGAGCAGCCCGCCUCCGAGGUGCGCCAGCUGAACGCGCGCCUGCAGGCCGAGCGUCAGGGCCUGGCCGAGGGCAGCGUGCAGGAUCUCGAAGAUUUCAUAGGGCGUCACGGCGAGUUCCCACUCCACCCCGGCAACUACCACGUCGUGGCAGUCAAGCAGAUGCUCGCGCAGAUGUACGGCAACGCGCCCGGUCACCAGCUGGAGCAGCUUUCGAACGGCCGGCUCGUCGCCAAGGAGAAGUUCUGCCGCCAGAUGAUCGCGCUGACGGUGGUCUUCGAGCCGGGCCUGUCGCGAAUGCGCGGCCUCCUCCUGCUGCAGCUGCACCACGCCGUGGUGACGCUCGCGCAGCGCCGGUUCGCGGAGAGCAAGAUAUCACCUACCCGGCUGCUCGAGAGUCUCGAGGAGGGCGGCCGCUUCGUGGCGGAGGCGAUCAGCCUGCUGCGCCACGAGCCCGCGUCGACGCCUGAGGGUGGAGCCAUGAUGCAGAUGGCGCGCGACACGCUGCAGGGCUGCUUCGAGAUGGCAGAACUGGUGCGCAGCUCCAUCGGAAACUUUACGGCGGCGGGGUGAGGGGAGGACACUGCGGCAAUGGCGGCAUCAGCAGGACAUGCGACGGCCGCUAGGCAUAACGGGCAAUCAAUGCGCUAGCCCCCAUCCUGAUGCAUGGUAUCACUGGCGAUCGUGAUUGGUGCGCACGCACA